GUUGACCUUAGCAUACAGUUUUAUCUUUGUAAUAUUAAUAACCUUUAUUUUACUUAAUAUGCCAGUAUUAUUAAAAUUUUCCCGUGAAAUCGUUAAAAUGUCUACAAAAAGAAUUAUUAAAACUAAUAAGGCACCUAUGCCCAUUGCACCUUACAAUCAAGCAGUUGUAUUAGAUAACACAAUUUAUGUUUCGGGAUGUCUGGGAAUCGACAAAGACACCAUGAAGUUAGUGGAGGGCGGGGCAGCUGAAGAAUGUAGACAAGCACUUAGAAAUUUGGGACACAUUUUAGAAGCUGCAGAUUCGAAAUACGAAAAUGUAGUAAAAACAACUGUGUUUUUAAAUGAUAUAGCCGAUUUUCAAGCUGUCAAUGAAGUAUACAAAGAAUUCUUCUGCAAAGAUUUCCCAGCAAGAUCCGCUUUUCAAGUGGGAAAGUUGCCGAUGAAUGCGAGUGUUGAGAUUGAAGUUGUUGCCGCUGCUGGAAAAUUAAAAGUCAUAUGCUGCCACUGAGAUACCUUUUAGUUAUAUAUUUUAUUCAAGUUUUACCUAACUUAACUUUAUUCUCGCAUAACUUAUACUUUACCAUUUUACAAUAUUCUUAGAAAAAAUACUGUUUUUUUACUUUUAUUGUUAUUUAAAUAUGAAUUUAUUACAAAUAUAAUAACGAUAAUAAUAAUAUUUUAAUGAUUUUAAGUUUAAAACACAGGUCAAAAGAGGUGAAACGACU